ACUCACGAUCUCUUUCUCUUAGCACGAUAUCUUCUCCACCACAUUCGACUCUGGACGUCGGCCAUUUCUUUCCAUAUCUCAUUCUCCAUCUCCUUCGUUGUAAUCGUUCCUUCAGUCUCUCGCUCAACCCCGCCUUGUCGUCAUCUAUAUCAGCCUCUCUCCUCGCCACGCCCGACAAGGCAAGCCACCCACCCUUAUCCUCGCCCUCGCCUUCAAUCUCCCUCUCCAUCUCGUCACCGGCCGGGUCAGCCACAUUUUCACUAUAGUCCCGCCGGUGAUCCGACUCCAACGUCUGCUCGACAAAUCCUCAUUUCUUUGGUCUUUGGGCGGCUCUUUGCUUUGUGUUUCUUGUCCUGAUUUCUUCCUGGCCCGAGACAUUGAAGGAUCAUGCUCAACCACAGCCCGAAUUUUGCCCAGCUUCGAACUUCACUCCACAUUCUCAAUGUAGCAAGAUCACUCUAUCCAGCUGUUGUCAUUGCUCUUUUCAGCUUCGCUUUUAUCCUCUACGGCAUCAAAACCGCCCCCGACAAUGGAGACAAGGUUCAGAUACAUGCAAUGCGUGGCCCUGGUGGUCGACCAUUGCCAAUACGUCGAAAGUCUGCCAAUCAGAUCAAAGAGGCCGCCGCCAUCAAGGACUUCCCCCAGAGAUCCAAAUUGGUUCUACGCCUGAUGCAGGCUCUUGUUCUAUUGACCUUCCUACUCAAUGCUGCCAUAGUUCUUUUUCAAGUCACUUUGAACAGAAAGCAGGAGUGGUGGCCCGGCCAAAGCGCUGUCGUCUACAUCAUCGCUUCGAGUUUCGCGUACAUUGUCAUCUUGAUUUCCAUGAUUGAUCAGAAGCCAUCACCCACCAUUGCUCAUUUCCUGACUUGGGUAACAGCCCUGCCUCUGGAGAUCAUCAUUCUCGCCACUCUCCUUCAAAUUUAUACAGUUCCUCACUUCGAGCCUCAGGUGGGAAAUCAACUCGGUGGCGUCUUCAGAAGUGCCAUCACGGGAUGGGAAACCAUCGAAGUCAUUGUCAAUAUCGUCCGCAUCGUCCUCCUUCUUGGAAUGGUCGUCAUCUACCUUACUGUCAAACUUCAUCUCCGGAAAAAGACAUCUUCAUCGGACCACGACAACGAGAGAACUCCUCUUCUCAAUGGCUCUUCGGGCAAUACGCUCCAUCCAAAUGGACAUGCACGUCACCCCGCCCAACCCUCCGAGCCUAAGGAGCAAGUCGACGCCUGGGCAAAACCUACUGAACAACCUACAAUUUCCUGGUAUUCAUACAUCCGAGGCUUUGUCAUGUUGAUCCCAUAUCUUUGGCCGAAGAAGUCGAUCAAGUUGCAACUCCUCGCUUUCUCGUGUAUCCUUAUCCUGGUCAGUCAGCGCGUCAUCAACGUCUUUGUUCCCAUAAUGGUCGGCAGAAUCACGGAUGCUUUGUCUGGUGACACUGAGAAGGGUGUGCAUGCGCCAUGGCUUGACAUUUCCUUGUACAUCUUGUUUAGAUGGCUGCAGGGUUCACAGGGUAUCCUGACCGCUGCCAGAAGUAUUCUCUGGAUCCCCGUCGCACAGUACUCAUACCGUGCCAUAUCCACUGCCGCCUUUGAGCAUGUCCACAAUCUCAGCGCCGAGUUUCACACGGGCAAAAGGACCGGAGAGUUGAUCUCAGCCUUGAACAAGGGCAGUUCCAUUAACAGUUUUCUCGAGAUGGUCACCUUUCAGGUUGGCCCCAUGAUAUUUGACCUGGUCGUGGCGAUCAUCUAUCUCACUGCCAAAUUCGACGUCUAUCUUGGCCUCGUGGUCUCCAUUGUCACCUUUCUCUAUAUCUAUGUCACGAUUCGUCUUGCAGCAUGGCGCGUUACCUUACGUCGCAAUUACGUCAAUGCUGAGCGAGAAAUGGAGGCUGUCAAGAAUGAUUCUCUUCACUCUUGGGACACGGUCAAGUAUUUCAACGCGGAAGAGUACGAGUUUAAUCGAUACAGGACUGCGAUCAAAACGAUGCAACGCUUCGGGUACUGGGUCGACGUCACCCUGUCCUACAUGAACACUAUCCAAGGGGCCUUGUUCAUGAUGGCGCUUCUGGUGGCCAGCUUCAUCGAGGCCUGGGAAGUGGCCCGAGGUGAUCAAUCGGUUGGUAAAUUCGUUCUACUCAUCACAUACAUGGCUCAGUUGCAAGGCCCACUAAACUACUUUGGCACCUUUUACCGUGCGAUUCAAAACAGCCUGAUCAAUGCCGAAAGGAUGCUCGAACUGUUCAAAGAACAACCCCAUGUCACGGAUCGCGAAGAUGCUGUCGACAUCAAAGAAUGCGCUGGCGACAUCGUUUUUGAUAAUGUCUCUUUCAGCUAUGACAAACGCAGACCGGCUCUUGAUCGCUUGAGCUUCAGGUGUCGACCAGGUACCACCACAGCUUUUGUAGGUGAAUCUGGCGGUGGCAAAACCACCGUCAUGAGACUCAUCUUCCGUUACUACAACCCCGAAUCCGGCCAGAUCAGAGUCGACGGCAAGGACGUGCAAGAUAUCACGAUGAAUUCUCUCCGCAGUUUCAUUGGCGUUGUACCUCAGGAUUGCAACAUGUUCAACGAAUCUAUCAUGUACAAUCUAAAGUAUGCCAAUCAAAACGCGACAGACGAGGAUGUGUAUGAAGCGUGCAAAAAGGCCUCAAUCCACGACCGAAUCUUGGAUUUUGCCGAUGGCUACGACACAAAAGUUGGAGAACGAGGAGUGAGGCUUUCUGGUGGCGAGCGGCAAAGGGUUGCCAUUGCCAGAACCAUUCUCAAGAACCCCUGCAUUACCAUGCUCGACGAAGCCACGGCCGCCUUGGAUACAGAGACCGAAGAGAAAAUCCAGGAAUCUUUUGAUACUUUGGCCAAGGGCCGCACCAUGAUCAUUAUUGCACACCGUCUCAGCACAAUUGUUAAUGCCGAUCAGAUUCUGGUCCUCAACCACGGCACAGUCGUGGAAAGUGGAACCCAUGAUGAACUCAUCGCCCGUGGUGGCAAAUAUGCAAGCAUGUGGCGCAAGCAGUCACGCGCCCAGAAAGCCGCCGCUGAGGCAGCUGAGUUGAGGACGAGAGCCAAAAAGGCACUCGAGGACGCUGAAGCUGAUAGCGCCAGCGUGAGUGAGGAAGAACUCGACCACUCCAAACGACACAGUUACCGUAAGGGACAUAAGCGUGUCAAUUUCAGCCAGAGCAGCAACCUCAGACCAUGGCUAGGUGAUGACCAUGAUGAUUCAAGAUCUGAGAGCUCCCAAACUGGAGGUGAACGACAUGGGGAAAGCCGUGCAGGCGUCAAAGAUUCGUCAGGACCAAGUGGCAAGCCGCCUGGACACCCUUGACUCUGAAUAAGAGCAGACACCCACUGUGCCUAUCGACCGCUGUGACCCUGCGCAACUUGCAGUAACAACUUCAUUUGUGGACAUAUACAAACUCUUUCUUGUUUACUUUUUGGCGCCUUGGUGGUGAAGGCAGUAAAAUCUUUGACCUUCAAUCUUGAUCCUGGUUCUUGGGUCAACAUGAGAUGACAACUUCGGCCCCGAGCGAUCGCAACUACACGAGAGCGAGAAUUCCAAAGUAAUCAUGGACUUCCUGUCUGGCUCCAGACCUGUCAUUACCAAUCAUCUGAUCCCACCACCGGACCUGUAUACUGGAUUCCAGACCCAACGACCUACGUCAGCUUUUUCUUAUGAGGUUAUCAACGAGUCAAGAGGCGCUCGUUGUUGUUGGACAUUCUUCUUAUAAAAUACCGACAAUGUUAAUCAACGACAGAAUAGCCCUCGCGGGCCGGGAAAAUGCUCACGGAAGAUGGAUUAGAAGAGGGGGAUGAGAAUGAGAAUACGAUUGGUGCCUCGCGGCGAUGGUGCAGACUGAGAUUCGCACAAAAGGUUCGGGUUAGGCAUGACGACUGUACAGUCAAUCUGAUAUGUGUGUGGUGCGGGUGGAUGUCGGGCUGGAAAAUUGUCGAGUCUUUGUCAUGGUGGAGCGAUGACAAGUAAUGAGCAACGAGACAACGAGGCUGGAAGUAAUUUUGGGUGGUAACAGCUUGAGGAACAGCAUGCAAUCAUGAGCACAGAAAUACCAGCUUCUUUUGUUACUCUUUCGGGUUUCCCAAUCAUGGUGUAUGUUGCCCAGCAAAUAGCCAAAAGCCUGUGAAUUUGCAAGUCGGAAUUGUAAUUUCAGUCUCUGCU